CUUUAUUUGUUUCUUUCAGAUCGCUCUCGACACUCUCCGGUUCCUCGAUCUACCAAUUCGUACGGUAGUGCUGGUCUGGUUUGGACCAAAUAAGAUGGGAGGUGGUUUUAGAGUGCUCCAUCUUGUCAGGCCUUUCCUUUCUUUCCUCCCUGAAGUUCAGAGUGCUGACAGGAAAGUUCCAUUCAGAGAGAAGGUGAUAUACACUGUGAUCUCUCUUUUUAUUUUCUUGGUAUGCAGUCAGCUUCCGCUGUAUGGCAUACACUCAACAACUGGGGCAGAUCCAUUCUAUUGGAUGCGUGUUAUCCUUGCUUCAAACCGUGGAACCGUCAUGGAGCUUGGAAUCACCCCAAUUGUGACAUCUGGACUCGUGAUGCAACUUCUUGCUGGGUCAAAGAUAAUUGAAGUUGACAAUAAUGUACGCGAAGACCGUGCCCUCCUAAAUGGUGCACAGAAGUUGUUGGGCAUCUUGAUAGCAAUUGGUGAAGCAGUUGCUUAUGUUCUCUCUGGGAUGUAUGGUAGCGUUGGCCAACUUGGAGUGGGAAACGCCAUUCUUAUUAUCAUUCAGCUCUGCUUUGCUGGUAUCAUUGUGAUCUGUUUGGAUGAACUCCUCCAGAAAGGAUAUGGUCUGGGCUCUGGAAUCUCCCUUUUCAUUGCAACCAACAUCUGUGAAAACAUCAUCUGGAAAGCAUUUAGUCCCACCACCAUUAACAGUGGAAGAGGAGCUGAAUUUGAAGGUGCUGUUAUAGCCUUAUUCCAUCUCUUGAUAACUCGAACGGACAAGGUUCGUGCUCUUCGUGAAGCAUUUUACCGGCAGAAUCUUCCAAAUGUGACAAACCUACUUGCCACUGUCUUGAUCUUCUUAAUUGUGAUCUACUUCCAAGGAUUCCGUGUUGUUUUGCCUGUGAGGUCAAAGAAUGCCCGAGGCCAACAGGGUUCAUAUCCAAUCAAAUUGUUCUACACCUCAAACAUGCCCAUCAUUUUGCAGUCUGCACUUGUUUCCAACCUGUACUUCAUCUCCCAGUUGCUGUACAGGAAAUACAGUGGAAACUUUCUUGUGAAUCUCUUGGGUAUAUGGAAGGAAUCUGAAUACUCUGGUGGCCAAUUUGUCCCUGUGGGUGGUAUUGCAUAUUAUAUUACAGCACCAUCCAGCUUAGCUGAUAUGGCAGCCAAUCCUUUCCAUGCGUUGUUCUAUCUUGUGUUUAUGUUGUCAGCAUGUGCACUAUUUUCAAAAACUUGGAUUGAAGUUUCAGGAUCAUCUGCUAGAGAUGUUGCCAAGCAACUUAAGGAACAACAAAUGGUUAUGCCUGGACAUAGGGAGGCAAACUUACAGAAAGAGCUGAAUCGCUACAUCCCCACAGCUGCAGCAUUUGGCGGCAUGUGUAUUGGAGCACUGACCGUGUUGGCAGAUUUCAUGGGGGCUAUCGGUUCAGGGACUGGGAUUCUACUUGCAGUCACCAUCAUUUAUCAGUAUUUUGAGACAUUCGAGAAGGAAAGAGCCAGCGAGCUCGGCUUCUUUGGAUUUUAA